GCUGUCAUUCUCCGCGGCGCGGCGGCCAGUGCGGACUGCGGUUCCUGCCCGGCGCGCGGGCGCUGUGACUGCUCCUCCGGGGCGGACUGGCGGCUCUGCAGCGCGCCGGCGCCUCUCGUGCGGGGACUCCGUGGCGUCGCAUUCCCUCGGAGCGGGAGACACGCGCCUGGAGCUCGGAGCGCAGCUCUCAAGGGCUGGCGGCCACUGCGGCGCUUGCUCCGGUCCCCGGCGCAGUCCGGAUCGCCGCGGCCGCCCGGUGCGCCCGGGAGAGUGCGCCGCCCCGGGCGCGGUAGAGCCGAGGCGACAAGGACCAGGCGGAUCCUGCGCCCGCUGCCACCGACCACCGAGGGCCAGCCGGGCUGCGCGUGGCGGAGUUGCAGCGCUUCUUAGCGCGCCGAAGCCCCAGAAGACCCCUGCCUCCUGCAAGCCAAACAACCUGAGCCUUUCCUUCUCUGAGUUCAACAGUGGAACACGACUUGGAGCUGGGAAGAGGCCAAGAAAGAAGAGAGGCCCUCCCGUAACAGCAUUUGAACAGGACACACUACUAGAACUCAGAAAUACUUUCGGACAAGCAUUCCUCCAAGCUCAGGAAUGCUCAGCCUCUCCAGCGAAGCGACAGCAAACGUGUGGUUCUCUCUGCAGGAGGACGAGGCCUCUAGACCCAUGUGAGCACCUGUGAAGAGCUGCCUCCAGCCUGCUGCUGGCCACCCCGGCUCCCGCCAUGGGCCCUGCAGGAAGCACACUGAGCAGCGGGCACAUGCAGAUGCAGAUGGUCCUGUGGGGAAGUCUGGCUGCUGUGGCCCUGUUCUUCCUCAUCACCGUCCUCAUCUUUCUGUGCUCAAGCUGUGACAGAGAGAAGAAGCCAAAGCAGCCCAGUGGGGACCACGAGAACCUGAUGAAUGUGCCUUCGGACAAGGAGAUGUUCAGCCAUUCAGCGACCAGCCUGACAACAGAUGCUCUGGCUAGCAGUGAACAGAACGGGGUGCUCACCAAUGGCGACGUUCUUUCAGAAGACAGCACCUUGACUUGCAUGCAGCAUUAUGAGGAAGUUCAGACCUCGGCUUCAGAUCUUCUGGACUCCCAGGACAGCACCGGGAAGCCCAGGAGUCAUCAGAGCCGGGAGCUGCCCAGGAUCCCCCCUGAGAACGCCGUGGACGCAAUGCUCACAGCCAGGGCUGUGGACGGGGACUCGGGGCCCGGAGUGGAGGGGCCCUACGAGGUGCUCAAGGAUAGCUCCUCCCAGGAGAACAUGGUGGAGGACUGCCUGUAUGAAACUGUGAAGGAGAUCAAGGAGGUGACGGACAAAGGGCAGGCUGGCAAGUCCAAGUCCACCUCCGCCUUGAAGGAGCUUCAGGGGCCCCACACAGAGGGCAAAGCCGACUUUGCUGAAUAUGCCUCCGUGGACAGAAACAAAAAGUGCCGCCAGAGCGUCAACGCCGAGAGCAUUCUGGGAACUUCCAGUGACCUGGAAGAGGAAGCCCCACCACCUGUCCCAGUCAAACUUCUAGAUGAGAACGCAAACCUUCCCGAGAAGGGAGAGAAGGGGGCAGAAGGGCAAGCUCCAGAGGAGACCAGUGGACACCGCAAGAGAUUUAGUUCCUUGUCAUACAAGUCUCGGGAAGAAGAUCCAACUCUUACCGAAGAGGAGAUCUCGGCCAUGUACUCCUCAGUGAAUAAACCCGGACAGUCAGCACACAAACCCGGACCAGCUCUGAAAGGGCCAGAGUUUACCUGCCACUCCCAGCAGGGGCCCCCUCAGAGGUCAUCAUCUUCCUGUAAUGACCUCUAUGCCACUGUGAAAGACUUCGAGAAAUCUCCCAACAGCAUCAGCACACUUCUCCCUGCAAGGAGACCCAGUGGGGAGCCAGAGCCUGACUAUGAAGCCAUACAGACUCUAAACAGAGAGGAAGAAAAGGUCCCUCUGGAGACCAAUGGCCACCUUGUCCCCAAGGAGAAUGACUACGAGAGCAUUGGGGACUUGCAGCAGUGCAGAGACGUCACCAGGCUCUAGAGACCCAGAACAACGUAGUCCUGAAGAGCCAGUGAUCAGCGCCCACCCGGGAGAGCGCUGCCCGAAGUGACGUCAGUCUCAUGUUGCUCUGGUUAACCGAGAUCAAGUACAGGUUCACAGCUGUUCCUCAGCUUCCAAAACCGUAAGGGAUAGCCCCACCUGUCAGGGCAGGACCCCAUGCUCACAAGAAACCCCGAGUACCUGGGGCCUCGGCAUCCCACAGAGGAAGGCAGGCUGUCAGGGGAAGCUCCACCCACCGAUGAUGCAAUUCCUUCAGCCUGGAAUACCGCCCUGCGGACCAGCCAGGGUUUUCUCCCUCACUCUCCUUUCUCCGGCUGCUCCUAGUGCUAAAAUACCUGGCGUUUCGGUGAAACCACCCCCCCACGUCUGUGGUUCAUUCCAAGGACGGUCUCCCACAGGCUUGGCGCUGGCCUUCAGCUAGAUGUUACGAUGGUGAGAAGCUGGCCGCUGGUUCCCAUUAGAUCGCCCUCUUCCUAGACCUGCCCAGUUUGUCCCCGGGAAUCUGGACUGUGCGGGCUACUAAGUCUGGGUGGGUGUCCCUGGAAUCUCUGGGGUCCUUGCUCCUGGUUUUGACCCUGCAGUGUUUUCACAAGGUACUUGAGGGACUUUAGACACUUUUUCUAUUUUUUUCUGUUCCAAACCUUCCCCCACAGCGUUCAGAAAUUUGUCAGAGCCUUCUGGGAAUUGCCAGUGACGACUACGGUACCUCUGGAGCUGUGUAAGCCCAGGGCUCUUCCUUCCAAGCAGAGGCUCAGUGCUCAUGCUGGUACCAGGCCACGUGUGCGGAUGGCAGCCGUGGUGUCUAUCCCUAAAGGGCUGUGGGCACGAAUUUAUGUUUCCAGUGAUCUCUGCUGCCCACACGUGUGACUUUCCUGUUAUCCGAUGGUAAUCUAAGAGUAAAAUGUAAACAUUUAUUUUAUUAUAUAAAUUUAUAAGAUGUUUUAUGUUUCAUGCCUAAUUUCUAGAAAGUGCCAGAAAAUAUAUAUUAACUAUUUUGAUUUUAUGUACAAUGAUUUAUACUCUCAAUUUGAAAGGACACCAUAAAGCACAUAAGCUAGAUAAUUAUGAGCGGCUUUUAGUCUUUUCUCUAACAAAGUAAUACAACAUUGAAGACCUGUAACGACUCAGCUUUCCAAACGGUACUGGGAGCUCCAGAUCCAAAACAUCCAGACCACGGGUGGCGAAAUGCGGUGUCAGUGGUUGUGAUGGACACCACUGAAAUAGUCAGUGUUAAAAACAGAACAAAAUCCGACUCAGGAAUUUGGAACUUCCUGAAUGUAUCCGACUUUCAUUCAAGGCCGAUGGCACCUUUAAGAACACCGGUAGUGGUGUCCACAGGGGGUGGUGUCCACAGUGCAGCACUUGACAGUGCAAAUUGCCUGUUAGGCUUUUUUUUUUUUCCUUCCUUCAUUUAACAAAAACCAGGGGCUGAAGUAGUUCCGAUGAAAAGUUCAGCCUGCUUUGAAUUUAGUCAUCUCUAGAUCUUCCAAGGCCAACACGGGAAACCGUGCUCACUUCUCAUUUCAAAAGGAGCCUAGCCCAAGUGCAGACAGGAAGCCUUCCUGCCCUGAUACAGACCAAGAGGGAGGCCCAUCCCCCCACUGCCGUGACAUCUGACUCCAGUGACUUAUUGAUCAUGCUGUUUUCCCUUCUUGUGACAGCGAGUGUGACUGAGGGGGUGAAGUGACCAGCUUGUGGCCUGUGUUCCCAUCCCGCAUUCAUAAACUUUCUGUCGCUGCUCUAUACCACGCUUGCGGGACUGCAAACUCAACUCUCUUAGGUGGUGUCCGUCAGCCCAAUCCACCCGUGACGAUGCCACACGGAUAAAAGCAUAACCACUGCCGAUGAGAAGGUCACGAGCAGGGGACCGCCAGCCCCAGGAGCAGCAGAGGGCAAGGAUUUUCCACAAACACUGACUUCCACCGCUAUGUAUGAAUGAGUUGAUCCAAGCGUCUCUCGGGUCACAAGUGUCUCCUUAGCACGCGGUGCUACCCAUGACACAGGGCUUGUGCUUGCCACAGCACCAUUCUUCACAGGCACCUUAUGGCUCAGAAGUUUGAUUGUGUUUUAUACAAAGUCUUAACUGAGCAGAGAAGCUGCUGUGGUCUGUAUGUAUAAAACUCUUUAGAGACAAGUUCAUUAUCAAUAAUCAUGUCAUCUUGAAAUCUCGUCUUCAGAAUGUCCCCAGAGUUUUCAAAUAUAUAUGCAAAAUAGUCAUAAAAUAUGCACUCUCCUGGUUUGAGAACCAUGAAUAAGUUGUGACAGAUCGUAUCUUAAGUGUGCUUUACAAGGAACUGGAAGGCCCUCGACACAAGUUCCGAAAGAAUAAGCAAUCGCUGUGAGGACUGGGGGAAGAGCGGGCAAGGGCAUCAGCUAGGCUCAGCUGAGCUUCGGGUACAUAAUUAGUGUAUAUUGAUUGGUGUCUCAUCAUUGACUUGAUUAUCCAGGGCUUUUUCAUUUUGUUUUGUUGUAAUUUUUUACUCUUUUACUUGGUUCAAAAUCUGUGUUCCUUUCUGAGCUGGACAGAUCCUGUGCUCUGUUUUAAAGUCUUAACCUAAAUAUUACAGAGUUUAAAUGUGUGACGGUAAUAAUCAAAGCAGACUGCCCUGUAUACAGAAACAUUCACCGCUGGUAUCCACAGUGUGUGUCUGAUCAUACCCAGCUUAUGGGAAAUUAUCUACAAAGAGAAAACUAAAUCAUAAGAUCUUUUUCUCUAAAUCAGAAUUAUAAUUCUAUUUAGCAGUAGUUAUUUCUUUUUCUUUAAAUACUUUUAAAAGUCUGAGGAAAGCAUUUUAUACUGCUUCACAUACUUCCCAAAAGUAAAACAUAAGAAAGCAUAGACUGUCUUAUGUGAAAUGUUUAAGAAAUUCUAAAAGAAGGUCAUUUUUAUAAACAGGUUGGCUGCAUAUUUUUACUUGUCCUUAUCUAAAUCAUAUCACUAAGUCUCUAAAACUUCUAAAUAAUACCAAACCAAUAAUCUUGUGAGAAAGAGGUUCAUGGUUGUUCUACAGUAAAUUCAGCAGAAUUGGAUUCUCCCACAGUAAAUUCUAAUUGAGUGCUAAAUAACAAUAGGCCAUCGACACAGAACUAAAAAUCUCACCAGCAUGCCAGAGUACUUCUACUUGAUUUUCCCCGAUAUAAUUAGAACAUCCCCCGCCUUCACCAGUCAUGAACUGUAUGUACACACACACGUGUAUGUAUGUACAUAUGUAUGUAUUCUGUGUUGCUGGCUCUGGCACUAAUUAGGCU